UUUGUUUUGUUAUUUUUUGGGUAGGGUUGUUUGACUAACUUGAAACCAAAGCAAUCACUGUCAAUCUGUCCCAAUCCAUGAACCGAACCCUCCAUUUCAGACCGUUAGAUCUCAGAGGUGUUGAAAUCAUACGGUCAUCAUUGUUUCGAUGCAGAACCGCUUCGGUGCAACUUCAUCUCCUUCCUGAGUAAGAAUCGAAGCACACCGAACCUUCCUUCCAAACCCCUUUUCUCCUUCUCUCUUCUACCAAAAUUUACCAAACCCUAAUCUCCGAAAUUCUUCCCCAAAUUCGCACCUCCUGAAGACCCAGAUCGUUUUCUUCUUCCUCCAAAUCCACUGCCAUCGAAUUUGUAAUCCUCUUUUGUUUCCGAAUCAUGAAGAAGGAUGAGAUCAAACCCAACAUUGAGAAAAUUGGGAAAGAAAGCGAAGAUAUCGAACCCAUAGAAAUCGUUCUCUUUCAAGUGCCCGAGUGUUACGUCUACAUAAUACCUCCAAGAAUGAGUGCAGCCUCUUACAGGGCUGAUGAAUGGGAUGUUAACAAAUGGACAUGGGAAGGGAUUCUGAAAGUUGUUAGCAAGGGAGAAGAAUGUAUCAUAAAACUAGAAGAUAAGAACACAGGUGAAUUAUAUGCUCGGGCAUUUUUAAGAAAUGGAGAGCCGCAUCCUGUGGAAGCUGUUAUUGACAGCAGCAGGUAUUUUGUUCUUCGCAUAGAAGAGAACAUAGGUGGUCGCCUUCGGCAUGCUUUUAUAGGCAUCGGAUUCCGAGAAAGAACAGAAGCUUAUGACUUCCAAGCUGCCUUGCAUGAUCAUAUGAAAUACCUGAACAAAAAGAAAACUGCAGAAGAGAUGGAACAACAUUACCAGCAUAGUUCCUCAGUCGAUUACAGUUUGAAAGAAGGAGAGACUCUUGUGCUUCAAAUAAAAAACAAUAGAAGUGGCGGCAAUGUGAAGUCCAAGUUUUUUGAGCCGAGUCAAAACAGCCCCUCAGAAGAAAAGAAUGAGAGAAAAGAAUCUGUACCGUGUAUUAAGUUACCGCCACCUCCUCCAUCACCAGGUUCCCCUGCUGUUACAUCGGAGAAGUCUCCGACGGACUCGCCUACAACAUUGAGACUUGAGAAACCCGCUGAAGUCGAGACCUCUAAAACCUUUAAAGAAGAAACAGAACAUGAAAAGCCUCCUGAAAAUCAAAGCACACAGGAAGUAGUAGAUGAUGAUUUUGGCGAUUUUCAAGCAGCUGGUUAAAUACCUAUCCAUUGGAUUCUCAGCGGUUUGUAACACAAUGCAGCGGGUUCUAUUGAGAGAUGAAGUUUCGAUUUAAACGAUUCUAGAGACCAUUUCACCGUGGCUAGAUUUAACGUCCCUAGAGACCAUUUCAUCCCGACGAAGAGGAUCUAAAUUUCCUUUCAAUACCCAAUUUUUUAGGGUUUGUGUCUUUGUGAGCAUUCUCAAAUCUAGGUUGGGAUUGCUUGAACUUCAACUUUAAUCAAAUUCUCUCAUCAAUGUAAUUAAAUAGACGACUAUUCUGUUAGUUGUAGGUAGACCUAAAUAAAUAGGUAGACCUAAAUAGACAACUAUUCUGUUAGUUGUCUCAAUAGGCAUCCACUUUAUGAACUUUUCUCUUUGCUCAUCUAAAAUAUGUAAUGUUUAGUUUGGCUUUUGGAUUAGUUAAAAGCAAUUCUAGGGUGUAGAAUUGAUUCUGGAGUAAUUUUGAGGUGUUUGAUUUU